AUCAUCGCUCAUAAAACUCGACUACGACUUUUCAUGGGAAUGCAACUGUAUAUCCUGUCUCCUUCGUACUAUAGUUGUUUUGGAUAUCCGGCAAAUAUGGUACUAUAUACCACACUAUACCUACUAUACAGGCUACAGCAGGUAAUUGCUCUGUCUGUGCGCCGGGAAUAGAAUAGAGCACAUAUAUACGUAGAUAUCGUGCUCUCUCUGUUGCAUGCAAUAAUGCUCGGGGCAAAUGGCGUGGUGCGAAAUAUCUGCAGGCAACGCAGGCAUGAUUAUAGUUGAGGUUGCUAUAAGCAUUUCAGCGACACCACGUAUAUGUAAUACUUUACGAACCACUAUGUAUACAAAUGUAUCAUCAACGUACUCUGUCUCUCGUUUUCUUCUGCUCCUUACUUUAUACCGGCCGUAAAAGAGUGGUAAAAGACGACUCUCUCACUUUCUCUAUGCAACAGCAUGGAGCAAAAAUGGAUAAUUCUAGUAAUAAAUUUGCAAUCUCGAUCGAGUUCAGCAGGAUAAAUGAAUAAGUCAUCUUUUCGAGUUCGAGUCUACCGCGACACAACGAACGCGCUGCAACGCGUUCAAAAGAGAAAAAAUAUCCGGCAAUUUCCUAACCUCUGCCUUUUGUUUUCAGAGUGUAAGCUCUAUAAAUAUGGUGAAAAUGUGAGAGUGGUGGAGAAUGGAAAUGGGUGUGAUAAAAAUUCAAUUAGAACUGCUUAUCAGACUUUCAACAUGUUCGAUAUAAAAAAUUGUGAUAAAACUUGGUCGAUGUAUCAAAACGGACAGGUUAGCGAAAUCUACCAUUGGAUUUCUAUGGGAUAUAAAAUUCGAUUACUUGAACAUACGAUAACGCAGAUAUAGUUGGAGCCGAUUUAGUGUUUUCUUUACAAUUUCGAUUUUCGGGAGAAUUGGAUCCGCUAUACACCUGUUCAAAAGAUGAUUUUUUUUCUCAGUUCUGUGGUCACCGAGCAAGGAUUUAUAGGAGAAAUCAAAACAACUUCACAUCUGUGGACUCUUGGGACUUGAUAACCCUUUUAAUAUUCUAUGUGGCUAAAUUCUAAAAUUGGAUAAAACAGAAUCUUUCCAAUAACUAAAAUGUAUAAUCCAAGACAAAAAGUUUUAUGGUUUUCCAUAAUAUCUCGAGCUUGCGUGCUAACGUUGCAAUUCAUAUUCAAUUUAGUAAUUCCCGAUCAUAAGGCAGAUGCGUUUGUUAGUCCCCUUGACCCUUUGGAACAAGUUUCAAUUUAUGACCGAGCCGUUGAUGUUUGCCUAGGUGGUUUGAUUAGAUGGGACGCCCAGUACUUUAUCCACAUAGCAAAAUAUGGUUAUACAUUUGAGAAUACACUCGCAUUUUUUCCCUUAUAUCCAUUGUGCGUGCGCUAUCUAGCAAUGAUUAUGGGGAAAGUAUUUUUCAUGUUGAAUAAUCACAGCAUCAUUGUACUAGCUGCAGUAUCGUUGAAUUAUUUUUGUUUUGUCAAAUCUGCUCUGAUUCUCUACGACCUUAGCAAACAUGUUCUCAAAAGUACUAACUUAGCAUAUAAAGCAGCGAUUCUAUAUUGUAUGAAUCCUGCCAGUAUAUUUUUCAGCGCCGCUUAUUCAGAAUCCAUGUUUGCUUAUGUUACAUUUUAUAGCAUGCUGGGUUCCUUGGAACUCCUUAGAUUUGUGUACAUUCCAAUCGGACUUUCAGCUCUUGUCAGAUCAAACGGACUAGUUAAUAUUGGAUUCCCAAUUUUUAUGUGGCUUCACCAAUGGCUAAAGUAUGUAUUGCCAAAAAUCAUUCUCGAAUACAGGAAUUCUGUGAAAAAAUCAUUCUCGGUUGGUGCAGUCCACACCAUGUAUGACUUUUUGAAUACUCUGAAUACUAUAUUUCUGUCCUUAAUUCCAUUUGUAUUCUUCCAAAUAUAUGUUUAUUUAUUGUUCUGCACAGAGUAUAAUCUGGAGGUUUUGAUACCUCCUCACGUUGAAUCAUUUGCAGUGAAAAAUCAUCUGCAAAUUCCUAGUAACAAUAGUUUUACAUGGUGUCAAGGAACUUUCCCAAUCGCUUAUUCCAACAUACAAAAAAAAUAUUGGAACGUUGGAUUUAUGAAGUAUUAUGAAUUCAAACAGAUUCCAAACUUUUUACUGGCUUCUCCGAUUCUGUACAUAAUGCUCAAAUGCAUUUACCAAUAUCUUGUCAAUUGGAAAGAAUUUUUGUAUUAUUUCUUGGGUAUGGAAGGUAAAGAAAGUGAGCGAAUUGCCAAAGCAGGACAGUUGCCUGUAGAAACAUUUGUGUUUGUUAUACAUGCAUUGUUUUUAACAAUCUUUUCCAUUCUGUUCAUACACAUCCAAGUCAGCACAAGAUUUCUGGCUUCUGCAAGUCCCUUACUUUAUUGGUACUGCGCUACCAUUUUAUCCUAUCGAAGGAACAGUUCCAAAGAGUUUGAAGAAUCAUGUAACUUAAAUUCCAAGUGGAGAGUAUUCUUAUUGCUUCAGGAAUCCUACACUUUAUCCGAUAGAUUAAUUAUACUGUAUUUCUUGGGAUAUAUAGUCUUAGGCUGUGCUAUGUACUCAAAUUUUCUACCCUGGACAUGAAAAAGGGCUUUCACGGUGCCAUGCAGUGGCUACUUGACUCAUAAUAAAGAUUUUUUUACCAGA